CCCCUACUCUCGUGAGAGUCUGAGUCAGAGACUGGAGGAAGACUUCACCACCUUCCACAGAAAUAGACACCCAGAGUUUGAGGCCUUCACACAGGCUCAGGAACAGUUCAUAGAUCACAGUCUGAGACAAACUCUCGACAGUCUCUCUGCCAGGAACAACGGAGAAACAUAUGGAAUUGAGGAGUAUCUUAGAAAUACUGCAGUAGCAAGCUAGCUGGCAGUCCUGAUUGAUGUGAUUAUAUGCAGUGCCCCCCUUGAGUCAAGCAGGAGCUGGCAGAGAAUAUUAUUGGCGAGCGGGAGCGAGCCAAUUGUCGUUCGUACGUCGUGUAAGUGAGCAUGCGCGGCUUUACCUAGCGCAGGAUAGCUGCGUGCAGAGCUACCGAAAUACGAUGGCCUUUCUCAACUUUCUUCUCGCCGAAGCUCUAGCGGCCGGUCUCGAGAGGGCCGAGGCACAAGAGCGGGAGCAACAACAACUGCCUCCUCCGCCCAAUUUCUUCGUGUUACCGCGGGACCCACGGGCUUGGCGCAAGCUUCACGAGGCAUGCCGGAAGGAAAACAUGGUCAUAGCGAUUGAGAUCACCGACAACAGCAAGACCCACUGCAAAAGAGUCCAGCCCCUGUUCAUGAACGAGGCCCGCAAGUUCGAAAGCGUUCCGUUCGUCAGGGUGGAAAUCGAGUUUGGUCUCACCUAUAAGGAGCUCAGAGAUGAUCUUGGUGGGGCGGAAUACACACCUACCAUACUCUUAGUGUUCUUCGGAGUUGACGGUAUGCAGGUUGGCAAGGUUGAAGGAGACAGAAUGAUAGAAGGUGCCAUCAAAACUGGCGAAAUGGAGAGGCGACUUAGAACACACAUACAGCAGAGACUUCGCAUCAAGACAGUGGAGCACCUGGCCGAGCAGUUUUCGGCUAGCGGCGUGAAGGACAAGGAGAACAUCAAGAUGAAGCAAGAGUACGACGAAGACGUGAGGCAUCAGUUGGAAGAGUCGGAGCUGAGAAGCCGAGAGAGGCAACAGAAACUUUUGGAGCAGAGAGAGAGAGAAGAAGAGGAGAAGAAGCGGAGAGACGAAGAGAUCAAGAAGACGCGGCCAGAGAAUGUACAAAAGCUGCUGGAUUUGGAUCUGAGUGUGGCGGGAGUCAAGCACCUCAAGGAAAUCAUGAAGGGGAUGGGUAUCUCUUCGGUCGGGAUCUUCGAAAAGGCCGAUCUCCGUAAACAUCUUGUUCAAAGUGUGCCCGAGCUGCGAAUGCACCUACAAUCCAAGCUGGAAAACUUGAAAAAAGACGAAGGGCAACUGGACCAAGACCUGAAAGAUGCAAAGAAAAAGCUUGACGAGACGCAGGAAGCAAUAUCCCUAAUAGAGAGGGAUCUUCGACCACUCUAGCUAACCCAAACAUGUGACUGUUUGUAUAGAUUGAUGUCUCCAUGUUUACAAAAGAUGGUAGCUAGCAGCAGAUGGUACAAUCGCUGAAUAUCGUAGAAUGUAGCGCAUAGUGUAUUCAAUAGUGCAGAGUUGACAUAUGAUUAACAUUGUUUUGUAUAAUACAUAUUUCGAUUUUAGCGCAUGUGUCACUGUGAAUAAAUGUGGAU